AUGACAGAUCAAGGAAAUACUUCAGCUGCCUCUUCAGGGGAUUUUCAAACAACUAAGCCCAAGACUGUGUCUGACCAGGGAAAAGAAGAAUCUGAAGAGGAAUAUGGGCCCCAGCAAUACAAUCUGAUUCGAAGUGAUUUUGUCCAGAAGCUGAAAGAAAAAGGGGAACAGCCUUACCCACACAAAUUCCAUACAAAUACUACACUUGCUGAAUUCCUUGCCAGAUUCAGCUACCUCGGAAAUGAAGAGCAACUUCCUGACAAACCGUUAUCUCUGGCAGGACGAAUUCAUGCCAAGAGAUCUGCUGGUGCAAAGCUCUUCUUCUACGAUCUCCGGGGAAAUGGACUUAAAUUACAAGUUAUGGCCAAUGCUAAAUUUUUUAAGUCUGAAAACCUUUUCACCAAGACUAUAGAUAAGCUGCGGCGAGGAGACAUCAUAGGAGUUUUGGGAUAUCCUGGGAGAACCAAGCAUGGAGAACUUAGCAUCAUAGCUACAGAAAUAACUCUGCUGUCACCAUGCUUGCAUAUGCUGCCUCAUCUUCAUUAUGGAUUCAAAGAUCAGGAAACCAGAUAUCGUCAACGUUACCUAGAUUUGAUCAUGAAUGAGAACGUGAGGCAGAAGUUUAUUAUGAGGAGUAAAAUUAUCACUUACUUACGAAACUUCCUGGAUAACCUUGGAUUUCUUGAGGUGGAGACUCCCAUGAUGAACAUGAUAGCAGGUGGUGCAGCAGCCAAACCUUUUAUCACACAUCACAAUGACCUCAACAUGGACUUGUACAUGAGGAUAGCUCCUGAACUAUACCACAAGAUGCUAGUAGUUGGAGGUCUGGAGAGGGUAUAUGAAGUUGGACGUCAGUUCAGAAAUGAAGGAAUUGAUCAAACCCACAAUCCAGAAUUCACUACGUGUGAGUUCUACAUGGCUUAUGCAGAUUACAAUGAUCUCAUGGACAUCACUGAACAGCUGCUGUCAGGCAUGGUGAAGCAUGUGACAGGUGGCUACAAGAUCACUUACCAUCCAGAUGGCCCUGAGGGAAAGGCAGUAGAAAUUGACUUCACUCCUCCUUUUAAACGAGUCAGAAUGAUGGAAGAAUUGGAGAAAGUCACGGGAGAAAAAAUGCCAGCACCAGAAAGUCUGGAUACUGAGGAGGCCGAAAAGUUCCUUGACAAGCUAUGUGCGAAGAAGGGAAUCCAAUGUACUUCUCCUCGGACUGCAGCAAGACUUCUAGAUAAGUUGGUAGGUGAGUUUAUUGAAGUUUCCUGCAUCAACCCCACAUUCAUUUGUGACCAUCCCCAGAUCAUGAGUCCUCUGGCUAAAUGGCAUCGUUCAAAGAAAGGCCUGAGUGAACGUUUUGAACUCUUUGUGAUGGAGAAGGAGAUUUGCAAUGCUUACACUGAGCUCAAUGAUCCAAUGAGGCAGAGAGAGCUUUUUAAGGACCAAACAAAGGCUAAAGCAGCAGGUGAUGAAGAAGCCAUGAGUAUUGAUGAAAACUUCUGCACAGCACUGGAAUAUGGACUUCCUCCUACUGCUGGCUGGGGGAUAGGAAUUGACCGUCUUGCCAUGUUCCUCACAGACUCCAACAACAUUAAGGAAGUGCUAUUCUUCCCAGCGAUGAAGCCCAUUGAAAACAAACCUCAGUCAGAGAAACAAGAGAACUGAAGUGCAGUUUAGAGGU